UUCACUUUGCAUAAUGUCUGUCCUUAAGGUUUUUCCAUGUUGUAGCAUGUGUCAGAAUUUCUUUCCUGUGUAAGAUUGAAUAACAUUCCGCUGCAGGUAUACACCAUGUUUUAGUUAUCCAUUGGUCUGUGGAUGAACACUUAGGUGGCUUCCAUCUUUUGGCUAUUGUGAAAAUGCUGUCAUAGUCAUUAACUUUUCUUCUAUGAGUCUGAUUACUCUAACCUGACUGCAAACUUUCUCAGAGUAGGGACUAUAAAAUAAUGUAUUUGAAAGAGCUUAUUCAUGUAAAACUCCAAACAAAAGUUAAUGGUUUUAAUCUGCUGUACAAAAGAAUUCCAAAUAAUAUAUGUAGAUACUUCACCCUAGGAGGUGAAGCAUAAUCCCCCUUUCCUUAGGUGUGGAAUUCGCAGAGUAACUUCUUUUAAAAGAGAACAGUAUGAAAAGGGAAGAAUAACAGGAGUAACUUUGCAGUGGAGAAACCCAAUGAACACUACCUCAGCUAGGCAGUCAAGGUCAACAAUGACGGUCAUGUUAAUUGCAUGUACCUUUGAUAUGAUAUGAUAAGAAUGGCACUUUGUCCCUGUCAUCUUCCUCCCCUAAACCCAUAACUUUCAUGUAACCAUUAGGAAAACACUAUACAUACCCAAAUGGAAGGACAAAAUGCCUGAACAGUCCUCCUUAAAAUCAUUAAAGUCAUGAAAAACAAGAAUCUGAGAAAUAAUCACAACCCAGAGGCUAAAGGUGAUGUGGUAUCUUAGAUGAGAUCCAGGAACAGAAAAAAGGCAAUAGGUGCUACUAAAGCUAAGGAAAUUUGGAAAAAACCUGGAGUUUAAUAAUGUACCAAUAUUCAUUCCUUAGUUGUGACAAACGCCCCACAGUGAUGCUAACAACAGGGGAAACUGGGUGCAAGGAGCUUCAGAACUCUAUAGCAUUCUUGAAACUUUUCUGUAAAGCUUAUAUUAUUUAACAUAGAAAGUUUAUUAAAAAAUGACACUGAAAGUUGAAAAAAGUUAAUGAUUAUGCUUUACCAUUAUUAUUAGUAUUAAAAAGAUUUUGCUUAGGAGGCUGAGGUGGGAGGGGAGACUGAGCCCAACCUGGGCAAGACAGUGAGACCCUGUCCCCAUCCUUCCCCCAAAAAGGACUUUGUAUUCCAUGAAUGUCAUGCACUUGACCUCUUUACUGUACCACUAGACUGUGCACUCCUUGAAAAUAAAGUUUUUAUUUAAUUGAUCUCUUUAUCCUCAAGGACUACCCUAUUGUAGGCAUUCAGCAUUUGUUGAAUACGUACCUGAAUGAACAAGCAUGCAUUUGGUAGUAUUCUUUGAACAAAUUAAUGUCAAUACAGCAGGUCCUCAAAUAACAGUGUUUAGUUCAGUGUGGUUUUAUUCUAUCAUUGAUGAGAAACAAGUGACUCUUGGCUGGACCACUGUCUGUGUGGAGUCUGCAUGUUCUCUUCAUGUCUGAGUAGGUUUUCUUCGCAUAUGCUGGUUUCUUCCCACGUCCCAAAGAUGUGCACAUUGGGUCAACUGGCAUGUCUACAUGGUCCCAGUGUGAGUGCCUGUGGCUGUGCCCUGUGAUGGACUGGCACCCUGUCCAGGCUCGGUGCCCCGAGCUGCCUGUAGAAGAUCCAGCCACUGGAGACCCGGAACUGAAAAAACUGGACCAUCAUUGAAUGUCUAAAGUAUAUUUGUACUGGAGAUUUCCCUCCUGGAACGAAAGGAAAUACAUUUGUUCAUGAUCCCAAGGUUGCUCAAGAAACAGAUGUCAGAGCCCAGAUUCGUCUGCAGUUUCGUGAUGUCAAUGGAGAGCUUAUAGCAGUGCAGAGAUCUAUGGUGUGUACUCAGAAAAGCAAAAAGACAGAAUUUAAAACACUGGAAGGAGUCAUUACUAGAACAAAGCAUGGCGAAAGGGUCAGUCUAAGCUCAAAGUGUGCUGAAAUUGACCGUGAAAUGAUAAGUUCUCUUGGGGUUUCCAAGGCUGUGCUAAAUAAUGUCAUUUUUUGUCACCAAGAAGACUCUAAUUGGCCUUUAAGUGAAGGAAAGGCUCUGAAGCAAAAGUUUGAUGAGAUUUUUUCAGCAACAAGAUACAUUAAAGCCUUGGAAACACUGCGGCAGGUACGUCAGACACAAGGUCAGAAAGUAAAAGAAUGUCAGACAGAACUGAAAUAUCUGAAGCAAAAUAAGGAAAAAGCUUGUGAGAUUCGUGAUCAGAUUACUAGUAAGGAAGCCCAGUUGACAUCUUCAAAGGAAAUUGUCAAAUCCUAUGAGAAUGAACUUGAUCCAUUGAAGAAUCGUCUAAAAGAAAUUGAACACAAUCUCAAUAAAAUAAUGAGACUUGAUAAUGAAAUUAAAGCCUUGGAUAGCCGAAAGAAGCAAAUGGAGAAAGAUAAUAGUGAACUGGAACAGAAAAUGGAAAAGGUUUUUCAAGGGACUGAUGAGCAGCUAAAUGACUUAUAUCGCAAUCACCAGAGAACAGUAAGAGAUAAAGAAAGGAGAUUGGUAGACUGUCAGCGUGAAUUGGAAAAAUUAAAUAAAGAAUCUAGGCUUCUUAAUCAAGAAAAAUCAGAACUACUUAUUGAGCAGGGUCGCCUACAGCUACAAGCAGAUCGUCAUCAAGAACAUAUCCGAGCUAGAGAUUCAUUAAUUCAGUCUUUGGCAACACAGCUAGAAUUGGAUGGCUUUGAGCGUGGACCCUUCAAUGAAAGACAAAUUAAAAAUUUUCACAAACUUGUAAGAGAGAGACAAGAAAGGGAAACAGAAACUGCCAACCAGCUGAUGAAUGACUUUGCAGAAAAAGAGAAUCUGAAACAAAAACAGAUAGAUGAGAUAAGGGAUAAGAAAACUGGACUGGGAAGAAUAAUUGAGCUAAAAUCGGAAAUCCUAAGUAAGAAGCAGCAUGAGCUGAAAAAUGUGAAGUAUGAAUUACAGCAAUUGGAAGGAUCUUCAGACAGGAUUCUUGAACUGGACCAGGAGCUCACAAAAGCUGAACGUGAACUAAGCAAGGCUGAGAAAGACAGCAAUGUAGAAACCCUAAAAACAGAAGUUAUAAGCCUACAGAAUGAGAAAGUGGACCUCGAUAGGACACUGCGUAAAUUGGACCAGGAGAUGGAGCAGUUAAACCAUCACGCAACAACACGUACCCAGAUGGAGAUGCUGACCAAAGACAAAGCUGACAAAGAUGAACAAAUCAGAAAAAUAAAAUCUAGGCACAGUGAUGAAUUAACUUCACUGUUGGGGUAUUUUCCCAACAAAAAACAGCUUGAAGACUGGCUUCAUAGUAAAUCAAAAGAAAUUAAUCAGACCAGGGACAGACUUGCCAAAUUGAACAAGGAACUAGCUUCAGCUGAGCAGAAUAAAAAUCAUAUAAAUAAUGAGCUAAAAAGAAAAGAAGAGCAAUUGUCCAGUUAUGAAGACAAGCUAUUUGAUGUUUGUGGUAGCCAGGACUUUGAAAGUGAUUUAGACAGGCUUAAAGAAGAAAUUGAAAAAUCCUCAAAACAGCGAGCCAUGCUGGCUGGAGCCACAGCAGUUUACUCCCAAUUCAUUACUCAGCUCACAGAUGAGAACCAGUCGUGUUGCCCCGUCUGCCAGAGAGUUUUUCAGACAGAAGCUGAAUUACAAGAAGUUAUCAGUGAUCUGCAGUCGAAGCUGCGGCUUGCUCCAGAUAAACUUAAGUCAACAGAAUCAGACCUAAAGAAAAAGGAAAAACGACGUGAUGAAAUGCUGGGACUUGUGCCCAUGAGGCAAAGCAUAAUUGAUUUGAAGGAGAAGGAAAUACCAGAAUUAAGAAACAAACUGCAGAAUGUUAAUAGAGACAUACAGCGCCUAAAGAAUGACAUAGAAGAACAGGAAACACUCUUGGGUACAAUAAUGCCUGAAGAAGAAAGUGCUAAAGUAUGUCUCACAGAUGUUACAAUUAUGGAGAGGUUCCAGAUGGAACUUAAAGAUGUUGAAAGAAAAAUUGCACAACAAGCAGCUAAGCUACAAGGAAUAGACUUAGGUCGAACUGUUCAACAAGUAAACCAGGAAAAACAAGAAAAACAACACAAAUUAGAUACAGUUUCCAGUAAGAUUGAAUUAAAUCGUAAGCUUAUACAGGAUCAACAAGAACAGAUUCAACACCUUAAAAGUACUGCAAACGAACUAAAAUCAGAGAAACUUCAGAUAUCCAGUAAUUUGCAACGUCGUCAGCAGCUGGAGGAGCAGACUGUGGAAUUGUCCACUGAAGUUCAGUCUUUGUACAGAGAGAUAAAGGAUGCUAAAGAGCAGGUGAGCCCUUUGGAAACAACAUUGGAAAAGUUCCAGCAGGAAAAAGAAGAAUUAAUCAACAAAAAGAAUACAAGCAACAAAAUAGCACAAGAUAAAGUGAAUGAUAUUAAAGAGAAGGUUAAAAAUAUUCAUGGUUAUGUGAAAGACAUUGAGAAUUACAUUCAAGAUGGGAAAGACGACUAUAAGCAACAAAAAGAAACUGAACUUAAUAAAGUAAUAGCUCAACUAAGUGAAUGUGACAAACACAAAGAAAAAAUAAAUAAAGAAAUGGGAAUCAUGAGACAAGAUAUUGAUACACAGAAGAUACAAGAAAGGUGGCUACAGGAUAACCUUACUUUAAGAAAAAGAAACGAGGAAUUAAAAGAAGUUGAAGAAGAAAGGAAACAACAUUUGAAGGAAAUGGGUCAAAUGCAGGUUUUACAAAUGAAAAAUGAACAUCAGAAGUUGGAAGAGAACAUAGAAAAUAUAAAAAGAAAUCACAGUUUGGCAUUAGGGCGACAGAAAGGUUAUGAGGAAGAAAUUCUUCAUUUUAAGAGAGAACUUCGAGAACCUCAAUUUCGUGAUGCUGAGGAAAAGUAUAGAGAAAUGAUGAUUGUUAUGAGAACAACAGAGCUUGUGAACAAGGAUCUGGACAUUUAUUAUAAGACACUUGACCAAGCAAUAAUGAAAUUUCACAGUAUGAAAAUGGAAGAAAUCAAUAAAAUUAUUCGUGACCUUUGGCGGAGCACCUACCGUGGACAAGAUAUUGAAUACAUAGAGAUUCGGUCUGAUGCCGAUGAAAAUGUAUCAGCUUCUGAUAAGAGGAGGAAUUACAACUACCGAGUGGUGAUGCUGAAGGGAGACACGGCCUUGGACAUGCGGGGACGGUGCAGCGCUGGGCAGAAGGUAUUGGCCUCACUCAUCAUCCGCCUGGCCCUGGCCGAGACAUUCUGCCUCAACUGUGGCAUCCUCGCCUUGGACGAGCCAACAACAAACCUUGACCGAGAAAACAUCGAAUCUCUUGCCCAUGCUCUGGUUGAGAUAAUAAAAAGUCGCUCACAGCAGCGUAACUUCCAGCUUCUGGUGAUCACUCAUGAUGAAGAUUUUGUGGAGCUUUUAGGACGUUCUGAAUACGUGGAGAAAUUCUACAGGAUCAAGAAGAACAUUGAUCAGUGCUCAGAGAUUGUGAAAUGCAGCGUUAGCUCCCUGGGAUCUUACGUUCAUUAACAAUUUUCAAGAUUUAAAUGCCAUAGAAACAUAGGUCCUCAGCCAAAUCAACUGUGAAUCAAUAAGAAAAUAUGUUCU